AUGAAGGCUUACUGUGUCCCGCUCCUACGAUCUCUCACGAAUGGUGUCCAUUAUGUGCGCAUGAUAAUAGAUAGCAUCAAGACGAUUCCGAGAGACCAUCCCAUUACUCUCGGGCUUUCAAAAGUGGAUGAGUACCUAGCCGCCACUAAGCAUCUCCUUGUGGACUCCAGAAGCUGUUCCUCUCUCGACUGCGCCGACUUGAAGCACUCUAGAUACAAGAUAUAUGUGGGUGCAAACGUGAAAACCUUGAGGGAAGCCUAUGGGUUCUGGACUCUAGGAGGCCGCCUGAAGGGCGAGGCUAUCGACCGUGGUUUUCAAGUCAUGGAGAAAGUCUGGAAAACAAUGUACGCGAAGUCGUUACCUGGAAUGAAGCCGAGGGAGUAUAUACCGUUCAUAUGGAACUGGGAGGUAGCACCGACAGACUCAGAUCCUAUCCCCAAGGCAUACUUCCAGGUUUUGGACGACUACGAUAGUCUGAUUACUGAGGUAAUCACCUGCCUGUUUGGCGAACUUGGCUGGACCGAACACGCAAUGACACAUCAGAUAAUCCAGAAAAAGGCAUAUAACCUGGCCGCUUCUUUAUAA